AUGGUUGGUGGAAAGCAAGCGACGUCAUCUGCCUUCGACGUGUCUGGAUCACUGUCCAUGCACAGUGAUGGAAUAUCUGGUUCUGGGCGCGGUAGACUAGGUCGCGCACUGCAUACCAGGAGUCCUUUAAGGACUCUAACCGACGGGAAUAAUUCAUGGCCGAGUAGGCCGCCGAAGACCGGGCUGCAUCAAUCAGACAACGGUUGUGGAACAAGCGGUAUCAUUUCAAAUGCUAUAGCCAACGCAGAACGACUGGCCCCUUCUGGCCAAGAGAACGCGGAUAGCUUGCUACGACAACAUUCCGACUCUGGAAAAACCACACUAAUGGCCUCCAAGUUCACCUUCACCUGCGGAUCACAGGUGACUGGGCCGGCAUCAUGGCAUGAUAACCCGCCGGCGGGCGGCUCUGCCGAGUGUUCGCGAUCAGAGCCCCUGGCUUAUGCCGCCGCCAGCUGGAGAAGGAUCUCAUGCUGGCUGCUCACACUCGCCGACAAGCCGCUCUAA